UGCAUAGAUGACUGUAAUAAAAUGGGUUUAAUUUGUGCCCCUGUAUUUCUUUUAAUAGCGCUUGCAUGCGCUUUAUCCAGCGCAAUUCCAGAUAAUUGUCAGUCGCUCGUUUCACAAUUUACCUGUACUACCAAUCCAGAUCUAAUUACUAGCAAACUGCCAGCCUGCUGCGUGGCAUAUGAAGAUUACAUAAGUGGUCGGUAUGUCGAUGGAAAUACACCUCGCGUCGAUAUCUCUUUCCCUACUUGGAUAAAUUACGAUUUAAUGGCGAGAGGACAACGUUUCGCGCGAGAAAAUUGGUUCAGUAUCGGUCUUGCCGUGGCCAUUGGUCGAGCCGCCAUAAUAAAUGACCCCGAUGUCAUUGAUGCCGCCAUGUUUACCGGACAUAUUAGUUUCACUCCACGUGGAAGUGCGCUUAACAUGGCGGGAUUUGCCGCCAAGGCGAUGGUAUGGUAUCAAGAUGUUCAAACUUCUAAACCAUUAUCGGCCGAAGGAAACGAUUUCUUACAAAGUGUGAACCGCAUACGAUGGAUUCAUAUCAUGGUGGCGCGAGAUAUAGAGGCGAAGCGACGCCGUACCAAAGUAGCGGACGUAGUAGAACCUUCUUCUUACGCAAACAUAACAUUGAAUGAGAGAGCUUGGCAGGCGUUCGGAAAAGACUUAAACUCUUCGAAUAUUCCUCCUGAACAAAGAUCGCCCUACGUUUUAGGGAACGAGCCGAACAUGUCGAUUCCGUACUUUAAUCAACACUCGCUCUCAUACUUUAUGCUGAACGCAUUCGCAUAUCCGAUCCUGAUGGGAGACGUUUUUGGGAUUGAUGCCUGCGACGAGGAUUUGUGGGCGUUUAACCAUCUCGCGGGUGUUAUCGGGUACACGUUCGGACUCGACGAUAAGUUCAAUGCAGCCUUACAAGAGGAUUUGUUUUCCGCGAAGGAAUUUUUCAGGAAUGUGUGGAAAGGAUAUGUCGUCCCGGGAUUUUUUAAUAUUAGUCUAAGGGCUAAAAUUACGAUUGAGAAUUUUAUGGCGGGAACUCGACUUCAUCAACCCUCCUGGACUUUGGAGCUUUACCUGUACCGAAUUCUGACCAUGUUGAUUAACGUCCCGGCUCCAAAUAUGUACAAUCUGCUGACCAAACAAGACAGAAUGAAUGAAGAUAACCUUAAAAGGGUUAUUCUGCCGAAGUUAAGAACUAAUAGUGUUUAUAGAAGGGAGACAAAUGCUAAAUCCAUACAGGAUUUGAUUACCGUUGGGAGAACGUACUACGGAGAAAAUUAUACCACCAAUUGGGCUCGGGCUCGGAAUACUUUUUACACACCGAUUAAAAACAUGUAAUAAAAAUAUAACCAAAUGUGUCAAAAAAGAUAAAGGAGAAUAUUCGUAAGAAUAAAACAAAUUUAAAUGAUUUUUUUGAA